UAACAAAGCUGUCGAAGAAAGUUUGUGUAUCGGAUUAGUUUAUCCAUAACGGAAGUUGGUCCGUUUACAACAUUUGUGUGCGUAAGAUCAUUCAUGUUUUACCGGCAGAAUUUGAACGCAAUAUACACGUGAAAAAUGGAUCCAAAGGAUACUACGGCUGAGAAAGAUGACAUUAAAGAUGAAUCAGAGGUUUCUCGUAGUCGUAGUGACCAAACAUCAGAGGAUCAAGUAACAGAGGAAACGCUGGACACAGAAACAGAAACAGAAUCUAGUCAGAGUGAGAUAGGGAAGAGGAAAAGAACAGAAGAAGAUGACAGUCCACCAGAGAAAAGAAGUAAAUCAGAUGAAGAGGAGGAUGUGAACAACGCAGAAAGUCAAUCAGACGAAGACAGUAAUGUAAAGGAAACGGAGGAAAAUAUGGAAGAUGAUUCCGAACAGAAAACUAACUCUGAGGACAAGACACAGGAUGGUGAAGAUACCGAGGAAAAGGUGCCCACCGAAAACACAGAAGGUCUGGAGGAAACGGAAAAUACUGAUAGUAGUGGGGAGAGGAAAGAAACUUCUGAAGGUGUGAAAGCUGAAAGUACUGAUCCAGGGGAAAAGGAUUUAAGUGAUUCUGAAGACAUUCAGUCAAAUAAAGAAAAUGAAGACAAGUCAGAAAAGAUGGAAGAAGAGGAUGACGAUGGGAAACCUUCAGAAAAGGAAGAGAAUAUACAAGAUAUCAGUGAGAAAUAUGGUGAAAAUGACAGUGUGAAGUCUUUAGAAAGUGAAAGUUUAAAAUCAUCAAAAGAUAGCAUUGAUGAAAAAGGAUCUGAGGGGUUAGAGGAGUCUUUCUCAGUAAAAUCAGAGGAUAGUGAGAAAGAGAAUAGAAGGACAGAUGUUGAGACACCUAUAGAUCUAUCAACAAAGGCAGGAAUUCCUAACGGGAAUGGCGGAAUGGAUGUCAUAAUGCUGUCAGACUCAGAAGAGGAAUUAAUGAAUGGUGUCUUAAAUGGAAAUGUUACAGAUCUUGAUGAAUGCGAAAUACGUAGAAGACGAAAAAUGGUAAAGCGCUUGCAGGCAGAACUAAGGAACGAAGAAGCCAAGUUGAUAUUACUGAGGAAGAUGCGCCAAAGUCAGGUUUCUUCUUCUUCUUCAUCUGUUCAGGAGAAGCCCAAACAGCAGCAUGCCCAACCUCCUCCUUUAGUGAGACCGGGACAACAGGCUGGUCAGGCACGUCCUGCCCACAGUCAACCUCCACAGCUCAUGCGCAGUAACAAUCAGGGUCCCUCUAACAGGAGCCACCAACAGGGUCCACCACCACUGGUGAACAUGAGGGGACAAAAUAUUCCCAAUGGAAACAGUCUCUCCCAGCAGAUGCGAUACCAAGGAUUGACUGGUCAGUCCAGCUCACGCACUAUGUAUGGAUCAAGUUCACAGGGCAACCAGAAUAGUAAUGCUCAAGUGGAUACUCAGACACCCGCACAACGACAAGCUGCUGCCAAAAUGGCUCUUAGGAAGCAAUUAGAGAAAACAUUGUUGCAGAUCCCACCUCCCAAACCCCCACCACCAGAGAUGAACUUUGUACCCAGUCUGUCAAAUAAUGACUUUAUAUACCUGCUUGGAUUAGAGGAAGCAGUGAAUUACAUAAUUGAUGCUAAUCUGAUAUCUAAAGGACAGAAAAAUCCAGACGAGAAGAUGGUGUGUAAUCCCUUCACAUGUGUCCAGUGUGGCACCGAUUUCACGCCUGUCUGGAAGCGGGAGAAGGCGGGAUCUAAGAAUGUGAUCUGUGAACAUUGUGUAACAACUAAUCAGAAGAAGGCUCUGAAACAGGAACACACAAAUCGUCUUAAGAGUGCUUUUGUUAAAGCUCUCCAACAAGAGCAGGAGAUCGAGAGAAUGCAAGCUCAGGAAAAAAGCUCGGGAUCUUCCCACAGUUCCCCAUCUCCAGCUAAUAACUCCUCCUCCUCUUCUUCUAAUGGUGGCUCGAUGAAUCUUCCGACCAGUUCAGCCUCAUAUAAGGCGACAACGGAGGCUAUUAGACAUCAUCAGAACUUCUUACAAGCCCACCAGGCUGUCACUGCACACCAAGCAGCUCUACGUAUGGGACAGCCAUUAGGACUAGCUCCCUUUGGGGCCCCUGGACCUUUUCCCUACCAGAUACCCUUUGGAGGGGCAAAAGCCAGUGAUCUUAACUCUCUACAAAGGAAAUACUUGUUAGAUAUGAUUCCUCCAAAUAGAUGGAGCAAAUGAACACAGAGUGAAUUAAGGAUUAUGAAGUAGGGAUUGGAUUAUUUAGUGAUCUGCAGUGUAUUUAAAAAGAGUAAUUGAUGAUCUCAUCAUGUGUUAGUUUAUAUAUUUGUUGCCUGGAUUCAUGUUUCACUGACAGGAUUAAAGACUUCAAGCUCUGUGUAAAUGGACAAAUUGUUAUUUGUAGUGCUACAUGGCAGGGUAGAUAAGAUUUCAUAUAUUCAUUUAGUUGUAUUGUUUCAUUUUUUUGUGCAUGUUGCCAAUAUGUUUUUCUCUCCUUUUCUGAAUUUUGCAAAAUUGGAAGGAAAUAGGUUUUUAAAUUAAAAAUUUAUAAAUAAUAGAGUCUAAGACAAAAUCACACUUGGUUACCAAGAUAAUGAUCCAAUUCAAGUCAAAUCAUUUAACUGGGAUUUUUCUUUUCAUGCAUUAUGCCGUAUACAUGCAUAUACAUUUAAACAAAAAUGAAAUUCAAGGUUUGUAAAGGCUCUGUGUAGUUUGUAUUGAUUGAAAAUUUAAACUUUUGGAAAUUUUGUUAUUUGAUUUUUUUUAUGGUAUAACUGAACUCUAUUGGAAAGUUCUUUGUUUGUAUAAAUAUUAAGUUUAAGCCCUGUCAAAGAGAUAUAAAUGAUACAUGCUAAUACAUUAUCUUGUCUCAUGAAGCAGCAUUUCACAGUGAAUGUGUGUGAGGUAUGAUUGUUAAUUGUGUGACUUACACUGCCACAGCAUUGAGAGUUAUUUCUAUAUUUUAUAGCACAAGUAAUACAUGUACUGCAGAGUAGCAUGUUAGCACCUAGUAUUGAAAUCUAGUGCCAAAUAGUGCUACAGAGUUUGGACUGGUUUAAAUAUUUCCUCUGGUAAGGAAAUUAUGUCUAGAAUUUUUGUAUAUCUUAUUGUAUGCUGCAUGAUUUAAGCUAAAUUCAAGGCAAGUCUCUUGUAUCAGUUGUUACAUAUGUUGAUGGAUAUGUGUGUGUAUAUAUAUAUGUGUAAUUUUGACAUUACUGUUGUGUGUAAUACAGUGGAGAGAGCAGGUGUGAGGUGUGCAGCACAUGAGUCAGGUGUAAACUUUAGAGACUGGUGUAUACAGGUUAGGCCAAGACAAUGCCAAAUCGUAUGACAAGAUGUAUUUAUUAUUUAUUUGUUGUAUGAUACGUAGAAUGAUUUUGGUAGCAAUAAAAGGGUCACUUUAUUUUGUGGACAGAAGCAUUGAGAUUAUGGGGGGGGGGGAAGUAUAUCCAACUUCUGAAUAUACAGUCAUAUGCACAGAAAUCAGAAUACAUGUAGUUCAUUUGUACCUGGCAAUGAAAAUGUAUUUAUUUUGUGGUUUUCAGAUUAUUUGAGUGUUUAAACAUUUUCUAUUCAAUCUAUCUAUUGUCUGAGAACAAUGUUUUAUUAAAGGCGUUGCUCAUCAAUGUCUACACAGUUUGUAGUGUAUUUCUUUUUUUAUUAUGUUGAAGUUUACAAGUUAUUUAUUUGACAUGAAACAGAUCAUCUUCAUUUCAUUUACUUAGUUUCUCAGUAUCUUUUCAUAUGAGCAUCAGAAAUUCUGUCGUAUGUAAAUCUAUGAAGUGACAUCUUUAGAAAAACUGUGUUUUAAUAAACAAUAGUGAACAUUA